AUGUUAGAAAAUAAAUAUCUUUUCAAAACGGCUACUUGGUUAACAACAAAAAGACGUACUGCUGUUGGUGGAUCCACUACUAAUGUAACAUCAACUAGCAGUACAACAAGUCUUUCACCAAAUAUUCCUUUUACUAAUAUUAUAACUAAUACACGUUUAAAUUUUAAUCAUUCUCUAAAUUUUUUACAAUCAAAUAUUAAAAAUCCAUUUAUAUUAUCUCCUGAUAAAUCAUCACCACCACAAUCUACUCCAAUUGAAAAUAUUAUUCAAGAUGCUCAUUAUUCCGGUGCAUUAUUAUUAAGAGCUCGAAAACUUACAGAUUUUCCUGAUUAUUAUGCUGGAAAAUAUUCCUUAGAGGAUGUUGUUUUUGUUGACAUGACAGAUAAUAGGUUAACAGAAAUACCACAAAUUAUUAUUGAAAGAAUGAAACUUUUGGAAACAUUAAUAUUAGCAAAAAAUAUAAUUAAAAUACUUCCAACAUCAAUGAAAGGCUUUAAUUCAUUAAAUUAUUUAGACUUAAGUUCAAAUAAUCUUACAACUAUUCCUUCGGCAAUUUUUUCAUUACCACUUCAGAUAUUAUUACUAUCAAAUAACAAAUUGGAUACUGUCUCUGGAGAUAUUGUCCAAAUGGCACCAACAAUACAAGAGUUAGAUUUUAGUAAAAAUCGUAUAACAAGUAUUACAUCAAAUAUUUCAUUACUUAAACAACUUAGAAAACUUAAUUUACGAUCCAAUAGAUUGGGAGCCCUCCCAUCAGAGAUGGCCUCAUUAGAGUUAUACUCAUUAGACAUCUCAGCAAAUCGUUUAACACAUAUUCCUGUAGAAUUUUGUUCAAUGCAAUCAUUAAUUCACCUAAAUACUCUUGAUAAUCCAUUAUUAUCACCACCAAUUGAAAUUGCAUUAAAAGGAAGAGAACAUAUUUUUAAAUAUCUUCAAAGUGCUAUUAGUAGUGAUGUUGAUUAUAGAGGAAAUUAUACAGAUUGGAGUACUAAUAGAAAUUCAUUUAUUAAUGCAACAAUAAGAAGACCUAAAAAUGCUGAAAAAGUUGCAGCUAAAGCUAAAAGAUUUGCUGCACUUAAUAGUAGUGAUUCUGGUUAUACAUCUACAGGUGAUGAUCCAAGACAUAGUUAUGAUAUGGAAUUUUCAAGAAAUUCUCUUGCUAGUAUUGAUGAAAAUAAUAAAAAAGAAAAUAUUAUUAUAAAUAGUGAUAGCAAUGGUGCAUUAAGUAAUGAAGAUGAAGGUGUUGAUUUAACUAAUCCAUUAAAAGAUGUAAGAAAAUUAAAUUUAAUAGAAGAAUGUUUAGAUAUUAAUAAUUCUAAUAAUAAUAAUAAUAAUAAUGAAAUUAAUAUGGAUACUAGUUUAUAUACAAAUUUAGCAUCAGUAACAAUAACUGAUUCUACUUAUAUUAAACCAGGUAAUAUUAUUGUUAAAGAUAAAGAACCAGUAAAUGAUGAAAAUCCAGAUUCUGUUUUAGAAUCGACAUCACCAACAAGUUCUGAAUCUCAUUCUUCAUUGUCGGAGUCGAUGGCUUCUUUAUCAUCACCUGAUGUGAAUAAUUCAAAUUUAUUAAUUGAUUCUUCCAAUGUUAAAGAAAAUUCUAAUAAAUUAAUGAUUCCAUCACCAACUACAAAUAAAAUAUUAAAACCACCAAGUAAAAAAGUUACCUCAACUAAAGUUCAAUCAAAACUUUCUCUUCCUUCAACUGGGAAAUCAACAUUACUAGUAAAAAAAGAGCAUCCAGUAUCAAAAUUAUUAAGACCAUCAAUUACUGCACCAUCAACUGCAACACGAAUAUCAAAAUUAACACCACCAAAAAAAUCUAUAUCAAUGUCUUCAUCUGGUUCAUCAACUCCCUCAACACCUAUAUCACCAUCUAAUGAUAAUGAUAUAGAUUUAAUGAAAAAACUUUUAGGUUCCAAAUUAUCAACAAUAACAAAAGAAGAAGAAAUAUCAAAACAACUAUCUUCCGGUGUUUUAUUAUGUAAUUUUGUAAAUAAAUUAAAACCACGAACAAUUCCUGUUGUUAUGGCAUCAUUAUCACCAUCACAACCUGUUCCAUUACCUAAAGCUAAAAAGAAUGCUGAAAAUUUUGUCAAUACAGCUAAGAAACUUGGUCUCUCAGAGAAUAAUCUACCGACACCUGAUGAUAUUGUUGGAAGAAGAAAUCUCAACAAAAUUGCUUCAUCAAUUGUUCUAUUAAAUAAACUUCUUGGAAAAAAAGAAGAAUUGACAAAUAAUAAGAAAACUACAAAUAUUUGA